UGCUUUCAUAAAAAUAUUUUUUUCUUUCUAAUAAACGAACGAAAAAUGGCUUCUAACGAUCAGUUAUUGUUACAAUUUAUCAAGACAGAAGCAGUUGAUUCAAAUGAAUCAAUUGAUUCGUUCGUUAAUCUUAAAGUUCAAGAUUAUUCUAAGAGUGAGACAGUUUACAAAGUCAAAAAGACGAAACCUCUUAAUAAACUUAAGCAAGUCCAUUGUGAUAGAAAUGGCUUGGAUAUUAAAUUUAUGUUAUUUUUGUUUGAUGGACACCAAAUUAAGGAUUAUGAUACUCCAGAUUCUCUUGAGAUGGAAAACGAUGAUAUUAUCGAUAUUGUGUGCCAUCAAAAAGGUGGUGGUUUCUAAAAUAAAUAGACAUAAAUCGAUUUUUUUUACGAUAUUUAUAUUUAAGCUCUCAUAAGUUUACGUUUUCUGUUAUUAAGAAAUUGAAAUGAGCAUAUUAACCGACAGCCUAUUGUCACAACUUUUAUUUCGCGAACGAUAUAUUUACGAAUGCUCAUUAUAUUCAAUAAUUUUUUAAUAUAAUAUAUGAUAUAGUAAACAUGAUUCCAUAUAUACUGUAUUUGUAUAAUAACUUCCAUUUACAUUUCAUAUGUCUUGUAAA